AUGGCGAUCCUUUCUCUCUCAUUUUCUUUUUCUUUGUACAAUAACAAACACCGUCUCGGUCUAAAAUCUCUCCAGUCUCAUCAAACUAGAGUUUUAUUCGACACUCGGAAACGAUCAGUUAGCUCAAUCAGCUAUAACCCAUUGAGGAGAGACGUUGGUAAAAAGACGACGAUGAUUAAGAAACGACAUGGGUUUGGUGUGGUCUGUUACUCUGUGCCACUCACGCCACGGAAUCUUCAAUGGGUCUCCACUAUUUCUACUGCGGUUCUAAUGCGGGCGAGGGGCACAGCCAUUCACAAACCCUUUCUUGUACCUUUAUUUGCCCUACAAGCUCCUGCAAGCAUUGUCUCAUGGAUUAAAGGCGCGUAUGGCAUUUGGACUGCUUUCUUGGCACUUCUCGUACGUCUCUUCUUCUUCAUUCCUGGUGAACUGGAGUUUCCAUUUAUAACAUUGCUACUGAUAAUUGUGUGUCCUUACCAAAUUACGAGGCUGAGGGGAACACAGGAAGGUGUUAUUUUUUCAUUGCUAAUAGCGGCUUAUUUGGCUUUCCAGCAUUUUUCAAGAGCCAGCAGUUUGAGGAAAGCAUUCGAUCAAGGCAAUAGGAGAGUUCGAUUUCUGAUUUGGUUGGAGAUAACUCAGAUGAUGGGCGUUCAUUUCAGAGGACAUCCAAAGAUUGAUAAUAUGCUUUUGAGAUGUUUACUGGUUGUUCACAUGCCAACAAAAACCCUAUUGGCCGAAUCCGCCGCAGGCCCGCAGGUUACAGCGAAAUUUCGUCAAGAUCUAAGUACAACCAUGGCUGACGAGGAAAAUCAAAACGAAGUUAAGGAGGUUAAAGAGGAGGCAGGAGAUAUUGUUCCUUUUGACCCUACAAAGAAGAAGAAAAAGAAGAAGGUCGUGAUUCAAGAUGCUGCAGAAGAUGAUACUGUUGAUAAUCUGGCUGAGAAAACUGAGAGCCUGUCUGUUUCUGAUGGUCUUGAAACAUCAUUUGCCGGUCUGAAAAAGAAGAAGAAGAAACCGGUUCAUACAGAUCUUUUAAGUGAUGAGAAAGAGAACGUAGGGAAUGAUUUGGACGAUAUUGGAGAAGAUGAAGAGGGAGAGGGGAUUGUUCUUCAACAAUAUCCAUGGGAUGGAAGUGAUAGGGAUUAUGAGUACGAGGAACUUCUAGGAAGAGUGUUCAACAUCCUCCGUGAAAAUAAUCCUGAGCUUGCUGGAGAUCGGCGUAGGACUGUUAUGAGGCCUCCUCAAGUUCUUCGUGAAGGCACGAAGAAAACUGUUUUUGUUAAUUUCAUGGAUCUUUGCAAAACGAUGCACAGGCAACCAGAGCAUGUUAUGACUUUCUUGCUGGCUGAGAUGGGAACAAGUGGAUCACUUGAUGGUCAACAAAGAUUGGUAGUCAAGGGGAGAUUCGCACCCAAGAACUUUGAGGGAAUCCUGCGGCGCUAUAUCAAUGAUUAUGUCAUAUGCAAUGGUUGCAAAAGUCCGGAUACUGUCCUUUCAAAGGAGAACCGUCUCUUUUUUCUCAGAUGUGAGAAGUGCGGUUCUGGGCGAUCUGUUGCUCCAAUUAAGGCUGGAUUUCGUGCUCAAGUUGGUCGUCGUAAAGCUGGAACAUGA